CCCUUACUCUAUUGGGCUCUGGCGUAUUCUCUUUGGGCUAUGGGGUUUUCUAAUUUGUUCCACCAUCGCGGCCCAGCUGAAGCACGCCUAGGGCUUCGACGUCUGUUCUUUGUCUUCGUCUUCUACCUUCUCAUCUCUGAGUCGAGACCACGCAGAGAUUCGAGACUGUUCCGUAUGCCUAACGCCUCCGAUCUCAAUAACUUCGCACCUUAACUCCACCUCACUCCUUUUACUCCACUCCUUCUACUUCAAUUGCGCCAUCAAUACACCUCUUCGUUUUCCAUCGUAUCCGGCUUGAUCCUCACCUAUAAAUACGGCAUCAAGCGAUCUUACGAUGCACACCUCAAAUCUAUCGAACUUUAGAAGUACGCUCUUUUCUAAUCUCUUUUCUAUCAACCGAUUUCGAUGGCGUUCACUCUUCUUAGCGACUUGAAAGCCGGCCGAUGCUCCAAUACCGCGGAGGUCCGUCUGCUGAGGGUUUGGGAGGCUAGGAAUAUCAACAAGGGCAUGGAGCUAAUGAGUCUUGACAUGUUGCUAAUCGAUGAGAACUCUACUGUCGUGCACGGAACUGUCUCUGCCCUUCUCCAGCUUAGGUUCAGACCACGUAUGACGGAGGGAUCUGUAUACACACUAAGCGGCUUCGAUGUGACGCGCAGCAGCCCGAAAUACCGGCUAUCUGAUGCGCCAGUAGCCAUUCGUUUCAAUGAUGGCACCGAAUUUGAAAAGCUAGCAACGACAUCUCGGACGAUACCCACGGAGCACUUCCGUUUCCGACCGUACGACCAGAUACUUGGACUAGCCAACACUGGCAGACAACUCCCUGACGUAAUGGGAGAGCUUAGUGCAAUUAGGAGCACAAUAACUGACCGUAUCCCUGGGGCUCAGCGCGUAAUGCUUAACUUGCGUCUUGAGAGCGAUACUACUGUGUGUGUUAGUAUCUUUGACUCCUUGGCCCUUGCAUUCCAUAGCAAGCUCGAUGUGUACGGAAAAGAGCCAAGGAUCGUUGUUGUAACAGCCGUGAAUCCUAAGUUGGUUUCAGGAAAGUUAUAUUUGAAUGGCACUUCUGCGACACGUGUUUUUUUUGAUUCCGAAACCGCUGUAGGCGUAGAUGCAUUAGCCAGGUUACCAAGUGGUGGUACAGACCAGGCAGGGUCUUCAUCCAAGGUGGUUCACGCACAGAAGAUUGAACCCAUGACAGUUUCAGAGCUUAACCAAUUUAUCUUCACGGCCGAUCCUCAGAUAAUUGAGUUUCUCUGUACGGCCAAGGUGACUGAGAUUCAGCUUGAUGAGGGUUGGUGUUACAUUGGCUGCUCCACUUGCUCCAAGAAACUCAUCCGAGAGGAGACUUCAUUCACAUGCGUCCCAUGCAAUGAAACUAAUGCUGUGGCUAAACUCAAGUAUCGUGUGAUUCUCUCCGUCUCAGAUGACACUGGUGCAGCAGCUUUCCUUGGUUUUGAUGAAGAGAUUGCUAGCCUGACUCAUGUUCUUGCUUCUGAUGCUGCACAUAUCGUGGGGAUAGGUACUAAUGCCCAAGUUGACAUCGACCUACCUCGCUCACUCGCUAAUCUGGUGGGGAGUACCUACACUUUCCAGCUCAGGUUAAAGGACUUCAAUUUUGGUCCAAAUCACCGAAGCUUUACCAUAUCUCGCAUAUUCCCCGCACGUGAUCUUGCGCCAAAGCCAACUUUUUCUCAGGAUGGUGGCGAGGAUACCGAUCAAUCUAUACCCCAAUCUGUGGCAACAGGAUUAGAUGUCGGAGCUGGUAUCGUAAACAAUGGUGCAGAUCAGCUCACCGAUGCUGAUGGUGCACGUAUGGUGCAUGAAGCAGCAGCAUCGGGUGAAGACGCUGGGGAAGCAACUGCACGUAAGAAAGCACGUGUGGAAUGAGUGCUACCUUGGAACCCAAACAACCACGAUUAGACUAUAUGAUUCUCUGUUUUUUAUAUUUGGAUUUAGAUUUGUCUUUUAGUUCUUUGUUUUUUUUUUUUAAGGUCUUUGCUAUGUCGUUUUUUCAAAUUUCUCUUAAUGAAAAACUAUGGGUCGUGGUUGUCCUAUUUUCUAUUUCUCAGGUGCCUGGCAUUAAUUAUAUUAUCCAUUAACUUCA